GCACUAAAUAUGGGAUGCGCAGAAGAUCGGCGCACCGAGCAAAAUUAUCGUCCGACGAAAUUCGCAGUAAAAUCUAGAAAAUUUUUGUAAAUUUCUCCCAAAUUUGAGGAUUUUUUUGCCUAAAUGAAAGCCUAAACUGCUGUAGAAUGGCUACGAGACGAACUGGCAAGUUAGUUCAGCGAAGUAAGCCGGGCGAAAACAGCACAAAUGAAGUAGACCCCGCGAUCGACAUACCUGAAAUUGACGAAGAUGAAACGGAGACGAAAGAGACUCGCUUAACUUUAAUGGAGGAAAUCUUACUUCUCGGUUUAAAAGACCGCGAGGUUAGAGCUUUAAGCCCUCGUUUUAACUUUAAAGAAUGUUCUUUUAAACGUUCACGGUUUUUCACGGCGUUUAUUUUGCCUUUUAUAUAGGGUUAUACAUCGUUUUGGAAUGAUUGCAUCUCGGCCGGUCUACGUGGCUGCAUUUUAAUAGAGUUAGGAGUACGGGGUAGAAUUGAUCUGGAAAAGACCGGUAUGAGACGAAGGGGCUUGCUUAGUCGAAAAGUCGUUCAUAAAAGCAUCACGCCGACAGGGGAUGUGCUUUUGGACGAAGCUUUAAAGCAUAUAAAAGACACACAGCCUUUAGACACGGUUCAAAAUUGGAUAGAGUUGCUGAGCGGUGAGUAUUUAUACAUUUUAAUUUGUUAUAUUUGUACAGUUAUAACUGUAUAAUAUCAUUCAUGGGAUAAUAUGAAAAGAUGUUACCCUCAGAGCCAUUUUAGGGAAACAUUUCUUAAGUAGUCUUUUACAAUAAGUUCUUUUAUACAGUAAUGGACAAGUAUAUAUAUAAAUUGCAUUGCACAGAUUAUAUUGGAACGAUCAUAUAAAAAAAGUAUCGGAGAAUAUUGCGAUCAUAUAAAAAAAGUAUCGGAGAAUAUUGUCCAUUGACUAUAUCAAUAGUCAAUUGGCAAUCAUGAUAUAUGAAUUGAUACAAAAAUAUUACUUUUUGUGAAAAGUUAAAGUCUGUACAGUUAAUGUUCAUUUGUAAAUUCCGUGGACACUUUAAAAACAAUUUAGCCACAUAGGCUUUUUAAUAAUUCAUAAACUUUAGAAGUGAUUAUAUUUGGAUUUAGGGACCGUUACAGCGAUUAAAUCCAUGAUAAAUUCCAUCCAAUGAUCAACGUAGCACAAAAGAUAAACACUUUAAAUGAGCCACUAGCAGAUAAAAGAUAAUAUCAAUACUACAGAUACAAUUACUAUCAUAUGCUAUGCAUUGUUUUGAAAAUCAACUAGUUCUCUUCUUGUCUUUUGAGUCGUUUUCAUGUCACUUGGCAUUGAUCACCAUAGAUAUCUUAUAUAGACUAGAUAGCACAUCUCUUUUAGUAAAAUUGAAGCCAAGAAUAUUCUAGCGGUUACCCCCAUUUGAAUAGAUGGCGGCCGUGUUGGAGUUUCCCACUCGCUAAUAAACGCUUAAAAAACAACAAUAACUUUCAUCAUUUGAAUAGUUUGAAAAUGUAUUUGGAAUAGGUUUAACUUAAUGUUUAAGUUCCCUGUUUAACAAACAGAAAACAUACAAGUCUUCUCAUUUCGUGGGAAUAUCCUGAGCCUGCAAACACGGCUUCAAUUUUUGAAUUGCAGAAUAAUUAGAGGCACUAUCUAGGGGUGCACCGGAACCAGUUUUUUAAGUUCCGGCCGGAUACAACCGGAACCGGAUCCGACCGGAACUGGAAAAAAAGUACCGGCCGGAACGGAACCGGAACUAAUUUAUUAAGCCAUAUAUAGUCAUAUGUUACUUUGUCAGCUGCCAGAUAAGCAGACACUUCAAGCCAUCAAGGAGAGAACUUGCAAAUGUUAGAAUAAAAAGAUUGACAAGCGUUAAAUGUCAUAAUGAAGUGUUAAUAGUGUAACUGUGACCUUUUGUUAGACACAAAAACGUUUGAUAUUCUAUCUCUCUGAAAACGACAGAGUUCCGGUUGCGGCCAUGCUUUUUUUAUUAGUUCCGGCCGGAACCGGAACUCUAAAAAAUCGGGGUUCCGGUGCACCCCUGGCACUAUCUAGUGUAUAUAAGAUAUCUAUGUUGAUCACUCAUCCACUAAACCAAUACAAGUUGGUGUACUGUACCCCAAAGAAGCUAGCCUGUGUACAUAUUGUAUUAUGUUGUAAUACAGUCUGUGAAAAUUUGUGGCAUUGCUUGUCGUCCCCCAUCUGCGCUACCCAGAUCUGGGUAGUUGAUUCUGAUGGUCAUGACUGAACUUAAUGGUUCUGAUUGGCUUGAUAUAAAUAUCAAUGACAGUUGGACUUUGAUUUUCAAAAUCAAAAUAGUAUUUUCUUGGCACUUGAUGGUCAUUGUAAAUUUUACUUCUCCCUAUGCUUCAAACUACUAAAUUUUUGAUACAAAAAUAUUUCUAAUGUAUUGCAGAUUAAUAUGAUAUCUAAUUGAACGGAUGAAAUGCAACAACGAGUUGAAAAUAACUGCAAUACCGGAGCAUGAUGUGGUUUGUUUACGUUAGCCAGAAAAGUCAGAACUUUGUUGACUUUUGAACUAAGCCAAUCAGAAUCUAUUGAGUUUAACUAUGACCAAUCUAAAUCAACUACCCAGAUCAAGGUAGCACAGCUGGGGGUUGAGAAUCAAUGCCACAAAUUUUCAGACUGUAUUACAGCAUAAUACAAUUUGUACACAGGCUACAAAGAAGCGUACUUGGCCCUCUACUGUUUCUCGUUUAUGUAAAUGACAUUCCUUCUACUAAAACCACUAUGGAAUUGGGAUGUAUUGAUUAAAUAGGUCAUUCCAGAAAACAUCCAUACCUUCCUGUGGAAGAAAUUGGAAGUUUACCCCCAUUUCAGAUGUCCUAAUGUACUUACUAUUAUCAGAAACAAAAUUUUUCCCCUCUCUGGAUUGCAGAAAUUUCCUCCGUGGGGGGAGUGUGGAUCUUUUCUGAAACGACCCAUUAGAGGAAAAUAAUGAAGUCAGGCGCAAUGCAAUCCAAUGGGUAAUAGGUUCACCUAGUCAUCCACCCGUCUUUGUUGUUACCAUUUGUGGUCAAUCUUGAAGAUUGAAGAUUUUAUUACAUACGUUUAUGUUUCAAACAUUACAUGUUUGAGUGCCAAACAUGUCAGGUUUGUUAAUGAAUGUGAGAUUGUUUACAUAAAAUAUCACUAUAUCAGUAUGUUUUGUUCACAUGCAUGCCAGGUUGCAACUUUUCAUAUUUUUGAGUGCCACACUUGUAAAAUUUAAGCUAUUGUGCAAGAUAAAAUGAAACAUAUAUGUAACGAUCAAAAUUAAAAACAUAUUCAUAUGCUACCAAAAUUGAAAAAUCAAGGUUUUUAACCUACGAUUUUACUCGUCAGGGUGAGAGUACUGCCACUCAAUGGGUUAAUCAGACUAUCUGCCCAUACACCCUGUUAACCCUUUAAGUGGCAAUGCACCCAGUUGCGCCCCACUUUAUUAUUUUACUUGGUCUAACGCCAGACAAGUGCUGCCACUCAAUGGGUUAAACAUUGAGUCAACGGUGCAUAAUAGUUCAUGUUUGAAAUGUAAACAAAUGUGUUCAAAUCGUCAAGUUUCUAGUUUGAAUUUUGAGCAUUUGAUAGAAUAAACAUCUAUUCCCGUUCGCAAUUAAAUAUUUUGUUUAUUUAGGUGAGACAUGGAAUCCGUUCAAACUUGGUUUUCAAAUGAGAAAUGUUCGUGAACGAAUCGCCAAGAAUCUCGUAGAAAAAGGUGUACUCACAACAGAGAAGCAGAAUUAUGUAUUGUUUGAUAUGACAACCCACCCCGUCGUCGAUGCUUCAAUAAAGCAGCGUGUUAUCCGCAAAGUUCAGGAUUCCGUCCUUAGCCGAUGGGUAAACGAUCCUCAGCGAUUUGACAAAAGGACACUAUCCCUAAUUUAUCUUGCACAUUCGUCCGAUGUAUUAGAAAAUGCUUUCACGGCACUUUCUGACGAAGAUUACGAUGUUGCGAUGAAACAUGUUCGAGAAUUACUAGAUCUAGACCCAGAGGUGGAAAGCCAAAAGCCGAACGCUAAUGAACUUAUGUGGGCUGUUGUGUCUGCCUUCAUUAAAUAAAUUCAUAUAGGAAAAUAGCAGUGGUAGAUAGCAUCAUUUUCGUGGACAUUUACUGUGAUUUCAACAUAUUAAGGGAUUGGUUUUGGAACGUGCAAGAAUCAAGUUUCAAAUGUUAUUCCAUUCCAGUGUUGAUCAUUUUCUUCAGUUAGGCUUGAUCAAAUAAGAAUGCAAGUCAUAUCCAAAAACGUAUUGAAUGAAUCUGUUAGCUAAGUUCACAUUAAGGCUUAAAAAUUAUCAACAGAAUAAAAACGGUUUGGAGAAUUGCUGAAAAUACAGUAGCACUCCUUGUCUAUGUUGGUAUAUGUUUCACAAAAACUUGUGGGUCAUUAUGUGUAUAGGUCGACUUUACGUUAACUUAUGUCAUGGCAACCAUGCAUUUUGGUGGUAUUUCGACAAAAGAAUGUCAAUUGUCAUUGAAUUUGGCACGAAGGGGCUGUUCAUGUGAGUCGGGCUAGCUGGGGUGAAUACUGAAUAGUGUCACGAAAAUCUUUUCUAAUCAUAAAAGAUAAUUUGAAAGAACUUUAUACUGUUACUGGAAUCUCCUGGCUCUAUAUGAAUAGCCCCUAACAUGGCUGCCGUUUUAUUGUCUUGUAAAUCCAAAGAGAUUGGUUGCAAUGCACCCAAUGCAUUUUUGCCUGACCGAACAAUAGCAUUGCUUAAAUCAUGUAUGGUUGCAGCCAAUAUGGUAGGAUAUGGAUAUGGUUAUGCAACCAGAAAGCAUUUUUCCAAAAUGCAGCUUUGUUACUGUGAAUGUUUUGUUGUGUUACUGUAAAUGUUUUGUUGGGCGCCUUUUGUAAUACUUGAUGUGUAAAGGCACGAAAAACAUAAAUGGCCUUACAGUCGUGCCAAUAAAAUGGCCUUACAGUCGUGCCUAACUUCGAGGAGUUCCUCUGAACAAUUCCUCAACAAUUUGAUAAGUUCCUUAAAAAGUUCCUAACUUCCUGUUUCAUUGACCAAUCAGAUUGCUCAAAAAUAAAAUAUAAAAUUUGAUUGGUCAAUGAAACAGGAAGUUAGGAACUUUUUAAGGAACUUAUCAAAAUUUUUAGGAAUUGUUCGGAGGUGUUCCUUCAAGUUAGGAAAUGAACUGGUUACUGGUCAACGCUGAUAUUGGCACGACUGUAAUAACCACGAAUCCUGUUUGACUGAGCAAGUUUGCCAAACCAUGCCUGCUUAAGGAGACGGGCUAGCCUGGCUAACUCGGCUUCGACACUUUCCUAAAAUAAAGUUGAUGGAAAUAUUCGGUUUAGAAUAGGCUGGACAUGUUGGUGGUAUUUCAACAAAGUAAUCUCAUUAUCUUUUUUGAAUUUGAUACCAAUAUGGCCAUUGUCUUAUUGUGUGUGGUUUAACCCCGCCUAUAAAACGGCCCUUUGCUCGUAUACUUUAUCCACCAAAACUAUCUACCAUUCACUGAAAUUGUACAAACCGAUUAGCAUAUCACAUAAGCAAGAACAAUCAUUACCAUCUACAGCUGACAGUUAUAAGAUUUGUAAUUUAUGGAACUCCGAAAUCUGACUAUUUAAAAUGCUCUUAUCUGGUGAACGAAAAUGAAUACUGUAUUUUGAUGGUUACUUGUAAUAACAGUGGGUACUUGUAUGUAAUAAUGUAGAAUUUUUUAGUAAAUAUAUUUUUCGUUGACUCAAUAUAGUUGUGUCUUCUUUCGUACUAUUUAUUUAUUAAACAGGGUUCGUAGCGGUCUUUGAAAUCCUUGAAAGUCUUUAAAUUUGAUUUCAGGUCUUUAA